CGACAGGUAUUUCUGAUAAAACGCUGCUCACUGCACCUGAACCCCAACCCCACUGGAAGAAUUCAGGUAUUUGAAGUGGAGGGCAGACAGAGGUGAACGGCUGGUGACUGGACAGAACGCGGGGGUUGGUUUGCUGUGUCACUCUGUUGGGGCCCUGGCCCUCUUAUGGCCCCUCUUGGUGGGGCCUUAGACUUUGAGAUAUCUCUGCUGCAAGAGUCUGAGGACUCGACCCAGCUGCAGAGGGAAAAGGGCAGAAGAGGGGCUCCCGGGGCUCAAGGACAGGGGGCCUGGGAGGCUGCCAGCUUCUCAUGAUCCCUCCCUCCUCUGGCCCCGGCCCAGCUCGGCCAGCCCCCUCCCAUCAGGAGGCCUCCCUGUCCCCCAGGCGUCCCUAGCUUGGGAAAUAAACUGCAGAUAAGUCAGGGUGGGGACACAGUAGGCUCCAGGCACGCGUAGGAGAGGAGCUAGGCGCCAGGAGGGCAGCAUGCGCUUCCAGCAAGACAGGUCGAGCACGGAGCUGCGCAAAGAGAAGUCCCGGGAUGCGGCCCGCAGCCGGCGCAGCCAGGAGACCGAGGUGCUGUACCAGCUGGCGCACACGCUACCCUUCGCGCGCGGCGUCAGCGCCCACCUGGACAAGGCUUCCAUCAUGCGCCUCACCAUCAGCUACCUGCGAAUGCACCGCCUCUGCGCCGCAGGGGAGUGGAACCAGGUGGGGGCUGAGGGAGAACCACUGGACGCCUGCUACCUGAAGGCCCUGGAGGGCUUCGUCAUGGUGCUCACCACCGAGGGAGACAUGGCUUACCUGUCGGAGAAUGUCAGCAAACACCUGGGCCUCAGUCAGCUGGAGCUCAUUGGACACAGUAUCUUCGAUUUCAUCCAUCCCUGUGAUCAAGAGGAGCUCCAGGAUGCCCUGACUCCCAGGCCCAGCCUGUCCAAGAAGAAGCCAGAUGGCCCCACCGAGCGGUGCUUCUCCUUGCGCAUGAAGAGCACCCUCACCAGCCGCGGGCGCACCCUCAACCUCAAGGCAGCCACCUGGAAGGUGCUGCACUGCUCUGGACACAUGAGGGCCUACAAGCCCCCAGGUCAGACAGCCCUGGCCGGGAGCCCCAGCUCCGAGCCUCCCCUGCAGUGCCUGGUGCUCAUCUGUGAGGCCAUCCCCCACCCAGGCAGCCUGGAGCCCCCGCUGGGCCGGGGCGCCUUCCUGAGCCGCCACAGCCUGGACAUGAAGUUCACCUACUGCGACGAGAGGAUCGCAGAGGUCGCCGGCUACAGCCCAGAUGACCUGAUUGGCUGCUCCGCCUAUGAGUACAUCCACGCACUGGACUCAGAUGCAGUCAGCAGGAGCAUUCACACCUUGCUGAGCAAGGGCCAGGCAGUGACAGGGCAGUAUCGCUUCCUGGCCCGGAGUGGUGGCUACCUAUGGACCCAGACCCAAGCCACGGUGGUGUCGGGGGGCCGAGGCCCCCAGUCAGAGAGUAUCAUCUGCGUCCACUUCCUGAUCAGCCGGGUGGAAGAGACCGGAGUGGUGCUGUCCCUGGAGCAAACAGAGCAACACUCUCGCAGACCGCUUCAGCGUGGCACCUCCUCUCAGAAGGAUGCCCCUAAUCCUGGGGACAGGCUUGAUGACCCGGGUCCCCGGAUCCUGGCCUUCUUGUACCCCUCUACCCUGAGCGAGGCCACGCUGGCUGCUGACCCCCGCCGCUUCUGUAGCCCGGACCUGCGCCGCCUCCUGGCACCCAUCCUGGAUGGGGCUGCAGUAACCACCACCCCCAGCACACCACAGGCCGUCCGGCGCCCCCGAAGUCCUCUCCCGGCCGAUCUUCCAGAUGAACUCCUCACGGGAGUGGAGCACACACAUAGGCUCUAUGCUGCCGGGAAGAACCCUGAGUCUGAGGACACCGACCUAGACAUAGCUCAGGACACCGACGCUCUGGAUUUGGAGAUGCUGGCCCCCUACAUCUCCAUGGAUGAUGAUUUCCAGCUCAGCUCCAGCGAGCAGCUGCCCAGGGCCUACCACAGACCUCCAGGGACUGUGCCCCGGCCCCGUGCUCAGAGCUUCCACGGCCUGUCGCCCCCGACCCCUGAGCCCACCCUGCUGCCCCGAUGGGGGAGUGACCCUCGACUGAGCUGCUCCAGCCCUUCCAGAGGGGACUCCUCAGCAUCCUCCCCCACUGCUGGGGCUCGGAAGAGGGCCCUGGCCCACAGCUCGGAGGACGAGGGCGUUGAGCUGCUGGGCGCGAGACCCCCCAAACGGUCCCCGAGCCUAGACCCUGACAACUUCCUGCUGCCUCCUGUCAGCCUGAGUUUCCUCCUGAUGGGAGGCCAAACCCCAGGGAUUCCGCAGGACCCCCACAGCCACCUGGACAUGAAUGAGCCUUUGGGCCUGGGCCCCUCGCUGCUCUCUCUCUACCCAGACGAGGAUGCCGUCCAGCCCAGGAGCCACUUCCUGCCGCCCACAGGCUUGGCCCAGGCCCACUGAGCUCGCGCCUCUCCUGCCUCCCUCCUCACACCCACAGAGGACCUCAGCCGCGGCGCAUGGAGUAGGCCUCGCCAGGGUGCCCCGCCAGCCUCAGGCCUACCUCAGUGCCCUCUCUGCCCACAUCUAUUCGGGGGCUCUUUGGGGUGGCCUCAGCUCAGUGACCUCUGGGAGGGGGUCUCCGGCCCCCUCCUCCUGCUCUCAGGACUUCUUUGGGGUUCUCCAUACAUGGUUACCUCACUCUCCCUUUCUCCGACUCUCUCGGCUUUAUUUUGGGGAGCUGGGGUUGGGAGGGCUGGGGUCACAGCUGUGGUUCUGGGCUCUGGAGAGGAUGGAUAACCAUAAUCACAUUUCUGUGUCCCUCUUCUAUUAUUGUUUUUGUGUGUAUGGCUUCUAAUCACCAUGAAUUGCUGAGGGUCCAUCAGACUGUGGGGCUGUGAUCCGCAGGGGUCCCCAGGGGCAGGCUCUGGGCCAGACCUCACACCCCAGCGACUUCUGAGUGCGGGUGUCCCACGCUGCCCCAGCUCUGUCUGCCCUUCCACUCUGGACUUCCUGCUGCCUCCAGCCUCACCUGGAACGACUUCAUUCGUGGUCUUCCUAUAUCCGGGGUAGCCAACUUCCUCCGCCUCCCGACCAUAGGACCUGACCUUUCUCGGUUCUAGACUGCACAGCCUCUGGCCUGGCUUGAGCAACCUCUGACCUUUCCUGGCCCUGGACCGCACAGCCUCCAACGUGGCCUGCUGUAGACCUCACAUCCUCCAAAACCCUGACUCCACAUUGUGCGAUCUUCAGCUCUUUCUCAUGUUUUCAAACGUUCUGAGCUCCAAAAACUGCUGUGAGCUACACAGCCUCUAACUCCCUCUUGGGCUACGGCCGACGAUCACCACCUUCUGUUGGUUCUGGAACUCAUUCUGUAACUUCCUCUGGUUGUAGACCCUACAGCUCCACGCUGCCACUCCAGCUUCCUGAUCUGCAGUACAUUUGGUUCCAAGUCCAGGCCUCUUAAUUUCUAAACCACUCUGACUGCAAACCGCACGGUGUCUCAGUGCAUCCCUCAACACGCUGCACUCGUCAGAGAAGUAAAAUAAGCUUCAUAUCUAGAUCUUGUAAUCAGUUCUCCCAGAGCCACACAGCGUGGGCCAUUUCUUAGGUUCAGGCCCCCGUGACCUCCCCCGUGGCAUAGCUCCAGACUGCACGACCUCUAGACCUUGCACCCUCCAAGAUCCUCUGAUCCCAGAGCUGAUGAUCUGCUACUUUUCUGGUUCUACAAAUGUUCUGACUCUAGACCUCAGUCUGUAAGUUCUCUCGGUUGUACACCUUGUAAUUUCUAAAUGCCUGAGUUCCUGACGUUGGCGCCCCAAGUUAGCCUGGGUCUAGAACGCAGCCUUCAGACAGCUUCUGAUUACACACUGCCUCAUAAAUUUGAUGGUGCUAAACCUUACAACCCCAACUCUUCUGAUUCUAGAUCUUACGACUUCAAAGUCUCUCCGGUUUUGCCGUCUUCCUCAUAUCUAUCAUUCUAUAAAUUUCUCUGGUUCUAGGCCACACAGCUUCCAACUGCCUCAGGUUCCAGAAUUCUGAUUCUAAAAUCUAGACUUCAUCCUAUAGGUUCCUCUGGUACCAAAUCCUACGAAGCCUGCACCCCAAUUCCAUGCCCCACCCUCCUUAUUCCAUCCUGGGCUCCCCACCCCCACAGAGCUUGUCCCAGUUCUCACCCUCAGCCCUAAGUCUUCCAAUUCCAGAUCCCCACCCCAGGCCCUGUGCUUAUGAACUUCAUGCUCAAAGCUCUCCACCUCUUUUCUUUUAUUAUUUUAAAAAUAAAAGGAGGAAAACAUUAACACACAGACAACAUUUUACAAAAUAGCAAAAGAACAGUACAGACAAUACAGAGUUACAAAGUGGCAGGAAAUUAACAAUGCUUGUUGUAUUAAGGCUCUCCCUCUCUUAUUCCUAAGAUCUCUCUGUCCUAGAACCCCUCUGACUCUCCACCCCAGCCCUGCAGACAUCCACUUACCUUGACUUUACCCAGUGUCUAGGGGACCUAGGGCUCCCAACCCAAGAGACUUCUCCAGCACUACAGGCACACGCCCAGCCCUACCUGCAUACCUUGGGGUGGGGGAGAUAGGCCAGGACUUCCGCUCUCUACCACCAGCUGUGUCUUCCUAACCCCCAGCUGCCUUCCACGAUGGUGCUACUCUUGGUCUAAAACAGGAAAACCGACACCCCUUCUCAACCCCUUCACCCCCUCUUUGGGAGGCACCGCUCACUCUGCUUUGUCAGGGCGUGGCCUGUCCAGAUUGGUGCUAUGGGGGGAAGAGUCCGAGUCCCUCUCCUCUGGGGGUGACACGGGCCCUCAUGAGGGGGACCUGCUGUGCUAGGGAAGGGGAGGGGACUGGCCCAGCCAUGCUGGCUCUGAAACCCAUUCAUGUCCCCCCAGAUCACCAUAAAGACCUUGCCUUCGUAGGCACCAGAG